AAUGCUUGUGGAAUCGACUGUAAUAACAUGGUAGGGCAAGGGUAUGAUGGUGCGAAUAAUAUGUCGGGACAUCUAAAAGGUGUUCAAACUAUUAUAAGGGAUUCAUACCCUAGAUCAUUAUAAUAUGUGCAUUGUGCUGCUCAUAGCCUCAAUUUAGCUGUAUCUAAAGCUAGUAAUAUUCAGCCUAUUAGAAAUUGCUUGGGAAUUAUAGAAAAAAUGUAUACCUUUUUUAAUUCUCCUAAACCCCAAAAUGUGCUUUUAAAUACAAUUAAAGAAAGUGAUCUAGACCCAAAUGUAAAAAGCUUAAAGCGAUUAUGCGCAACAAGAUGGGUUCAGAGAUAUGAAGCUGUAAAUGAUUUUAUAGAGCUUUUUAACUUUGUAGUGAUGUCCUUAGAAGACAUUUCUAGUUGGAAAGAUACUGCUGCAACAGAUGCUUCUAUUUUAAUUAAAGCGCUUGAUUCUGAAUUUUUGGUAUCACUUCAAAUUGUAAAUGUAUUAUUUUCUUAUGGUUUACCAUUAUGUAAAUUACUACAAAGUAAAGGCAUUGAUUUAAAGGAAGCUAUAGAUCUUGCAGAUGAUAAUGUUACCGUACUCAAAAACUUAAGAACUAAUAUUAGAACAGAAUUUAAUAAAAUGUUCAAAAAAGCACAAGAAAUGGCUGAAUUCUUGGAUUUUCAUAUUAAAAUUAAACGGAUUAAUAAGAAACAAACAUACAGAGAUAACUCAAUUCUAACAGAUGAUGGUUCUAUACCCGAUCCUGAGCAAUAUUUCCGAGUAUCUAUAUGUCUCCCUUAUAUUGACUUUUUUAUAAACCAAUUGGAGGAUAGGUUUUUGGCACAUCGUAGAAUUUUUGGAGGUUUUCAAUGUUUAUUUUCGAAUGAUUAUGAAUCUGGUGGUUUUGAUGAUUUAGUACAUCUUUACCUUCCUACUGAUAUUCAAACUGUAAAAGCAGAAUUGAGUUUAUGGCAUACAAAACUUUUACGCUUAGGAAAAUCUCCAAAAACAGGACUUGAUGCCAUCAAGUUAUGUAAUCAUGAAUUAUUUCCUAAUUUGUUUGUUUUAUUACAAAUAUUUUGCACACUUCCGGUAUCAACGGCCACACCAGAAAGAAUGUUUUCAUGCCUCAAACGAUUGAAAACAUAUUUGAGAAAUACUAUGGGGGAGAGUCGUCUCAAUGGUUUAGCCACUAUGGCUGUUCAUCGUGGAAUUAUAAAUAUAACUUCCAAUGAAGUGUUGGAUGAAUUAGCAAAAAAAAAACAAAAAAAUAGAUUUAAUAAUAUUAUACAAAUAUUGUUAAUAUUAGUAAUAUUACAUUGUUAUAAAUAAAGUAACAAUUUACCUGAAUUUAAAAAAAUUGAUAUUAGGCAUAAUCCGGUUUGAAAAAAAAAUUCAAAAAUCUGGAACGAGAUCAUCUAGAGGAACUUCUCAAGUUUAUUUUGGUGUAUAAAUCAUGUUUCUACGACUACUGAGAGCUGAGGAAAAUGGGAAGUACGAAAGCAUGUUUUUACGGUCGAUUUUUCGCUACCAGAACGGCCUCUUAAUGAUUAAUAAUAGUGCAUAUUAAAAAAUCAGCCUCAUCCUCCCCCAUGACAAAAUCAUUUGACCGCCACUGAUUUUCGUUCAUUUUCUUUGAAAAAAAGAAUUCGUUCAACGUGACGUUCCUUAAAAAGGAAUUCG